AUGGAGUCCUCUACGGAAUCUCUUUCAUCGCUGCCUCCGCAGAGUGCGAUAUCUUCUCGUUCUCGCAGCAGCACCAAGAUUGUCGACGAUGUUACUAGCCUUACAUCAUUCAACCCGUUCUCCGAAGAAGACGAGCAUGAUCAGUCGUCCUAUGCUCUUGUCUCCUCCCUCUUCUCCAAGGUGAAGAACACUCUGUCUGCUCCUCUAUCCGUAGCAGGGCCCUCCGCUGUUCCUGUCCAUCCUACCACCGCACCAGACAAGCCUCCCGCGGAACUUCGCCGUCCUUCGCUGCAGUUCGCCAACUCUAAUCAAUCAAAUAAGUCUGCAGCGGAUCGCAACACCCCGUUCAACAUCGUCACCUCCAACCCUGCCCCUCCCCUUGUGUCUCUCACUCCAGUGAUUUCGGAAACCCCUUCUUAUGCCGGCGAGUAUGAUCGACCACCCUCUCGUGGUGGCCUGUUCUCCCUGGACAAUCCCGAUGGCUACUCUAUCCCCGGCUUCCCGAUCCAAGACAGUGACGCGCGGAGCAUUCGUACUAAUGUGAGCCUGCGGCGGUCUGCCUCGGUCUCGAAGGUGAUACGACGAAUACGAGGAGAAGGCCUGUCUCGUGAUUACUGGAUGGACGACGAGUUGUGCAAAGAAUGCUAUGACUGCAAAACCGUCUUCACCACCUGGAGGCGGAAACAUCAUUGUCGGAUCUGCGGUCAGGUCUUCUGCUCUCGAUGUGCAUCCAAUAUCAUCAAGGGCGCUCGCUUUGGUCAAGAAGGCAUGGUCCGGGUCUGCAAUCUCUGUUUGGACAAGCUUCAUAAAGGAGAUGAAGAUGAUGACGAUGACGACCGUCGAUCCAUAAUCACAUCCAUCUCCUCUCCCUUCGCAGCCCACCAGUUUGGUUCAGAGCGUUCUUUCACACUUGCUCAUCCACAUUCUCCGUUCGCGGCUUCUCAGCUUUUUGGGCGCCCAGACGAGCCCUUCAAUCUGUUCUCUAUAGCCGAAACAAAGCGACGAUAUGCUCACUCCGACGAUAGUGGGUUUGGUUCUCGUCCAAUCACCCCUAUGGAUAGUUUUGGACCAUCCAGAUUCUUGCGCGACAACCCAGUUCCCUUCCGUAGAGCUCUGGCUGAGGAUGACAAGGAGCCCACCCCCGUUACAGACAAAUUCCAACACGAUAAUACACCACAUGGUGCCGAAUCCAAAGCCCCCGUUGACUUCCCCGUAAUGGUACCAGUGUCGGAAGGCAACUCGACUAGCUCCGUCCAGUUUCCGGUAAGCGCGCCCGAACAGCCGUACGCUAUCGAAAGUCCAGGGGUCAUGCGCUCGCGCCUCAAUUCCCUGGAGUUCGACACUGCGCCACCGUUUAUCCGCAGUCGCGUACAAAGCCGUCUGGGAGAAAGCUUCGGCGCGUCCGCCUUCGGAGAGCCUGGCUGGCGCACCCGGAGAGAGAGCACCGCCUACGCCCAAGAGCUCAAUUUGAUAUCCAUGUUCCACCUUCGCAUAAUGCUUCGCCAGAUGCUCACUGCGGAGAACAUUCCGAACAUGCGUGAAUGGGAGGACACGCUGCUCAAACUCGCCCUGAGAAUUGCACGGGAGCUCACCUUCACAGCUCACCCUCACCGCCAAGGUGCCGACAUGGACGUACGGCGCUACGUCAAGAUCAAGAAGAUACCUGGCGGCGCCCCCAAGGACUCCGAAUACGUCGAUGGGGCGGUUAUCACGAAGAAUGUCGCACACAAGCAGAUGGUUCGAAACCUACGAAACCCUCGUGUCAUGCUCGUCACAUUUCCUCUUGAGUUCCAUCGCGUGGAGGGACAGUACAUGCAUUUUGGUCAAAUCUUCCGGCAGGAGAAGGAGUACCUGGGAAACUUGGCAACCCGGAUCGCAGCUCUACGACCUCAUGUCAUCCUCGCGGAGAAGUCGGUUUCCAGGCUCGCCCUUGACGCCUUAGCAAAGCAUCACAUUGCCGUUGCGCGGGCCGUCAAGCCAUCGGCCGUCCAGUUUGUCGCGCGGAUGACUCAAGGCGACGUCUUUUCAUCCAUGGACAAAUUGGCCCUUGAGCCUCGUCUUGGCCACUGCUCUCGCUUUCGCCUCCAAACAUUCGAUCACCCGCUCAUCCCAGGACGACGUAAGACCUAUAUGCGGUUUGAGGGCUGCAAUAGCGAAAUGGGAUGCACCAUCCUCCUGCGAGGCGGAGACAUCGAUGUCCUGCGGCGCGUCAAGAAGGUCACACGUUUCCUCGCUUUCAUCGUCCGCAACCUGAAGCUCGAGACGCACCUGUGGAAAGACUCCGUUAUCACUCUUCCUCCACUCACCACCGACGCGACCCCCUCGUCACACCUCACCGAUGUUACCACACCGAUUGCUGGGGCCGGUUUCUCGACAGCGUUCUCAACGGCGCUACUCGCUGAGCAUCCUGUUCACGUUCCGAAGGACCAUCCCAUCGAGGACCUCCCGGAAGAAGAGGCGGAGCAGGUUCGCCUAUCGAGGCGCAUACAGGAGUCCCUGGAACCAUACAGGAAGACCUUUAUCUCUGUAUCAGCCACGCUGAGGUUCCCUCCGCCCCAUCCCCUCCGCCGAAUGAAGCAGUUAGACGACGAGCUGAUGCAUGUGAAGCGGGAGUGGGAAGAUGAGGUGAUCCGUCGCGAAGAGCGAGGCAGCAUAUGUCACAAUCUGGAGGAAACGUCGACGACUAUUCAAGUCACCGUUGGCACGCCGCCGGAUCCUAACGAUAUUGCCGCCCAAAUUGAAUCGCUCCCGUUGCCCAUGAUCCCGAGGACCCCAACCCUUGAAGACACCUUCACUCCAAAGUUGGACGAGCGCCUAGGUUACUUCGACCUCGCCCCUACCGCAUCCCCGAGUUUUGGGCCGGCAAUGACGGCUUCGCCUCUUCCCACACCAUUGGAACGUCCCCUUAAGCUCAAGACCGUGACCGAUAUCACGCUCGAGAGUCGGUAUCGAGAUGUGAAGUGGCAACAUUCCGAACAACGACGCAUUUGGGAGUGGUAUCUACGGAAGAACGCCGACGACUUCCAGGUGGAGAAGUACCAGUGUAUCAGUCUGUGGGAGCUCACACUCCCUGUCGAUGAACUCGCAUCACAUCGCCCCUGCGUUCCACCAAAGCUCCAAUACAUGACAUUCUACGGCGACAACGACUGCACGCUCGGACAGUACAUCGACAACUUGGUGAUGGACACGCUCAGGCAUUUCCUGGACCCGAGGGCUAUCUGCGAGAACAAGCAUUGCAACUCCCCCCUUGCCCGGCACUGCAAGAUCUUCGUUCACAACGAGACUCGGAUCAUCGUCGCGGUGGAGCAAUGGGAUGGCCAGAUCAUUGAUCACAAUAGCUGGGCCUCUUCGCCGGACACCAUCAUCACCUGGAGUGCAUGUCGAGUCUGCGGCUCUGCCACCCCUUUCAUACCGGUCUCUCAGGAAAUGCAGCGCUACUCGUUCGCCAAAUUUCUGGAACUUCAUUUCUACCCCGCAGACGUCCAGUUGGUUCAGGGUGCCGGCUGCCAACACAACAUCUACCAGCAUCAUGUCCGGUAUUUCGCGAUCAAGGGCAUGACCGUCCGGUUCGUCGCCGACCCGAUCAUCCUCCACGAGGUGGUCUACCCUGCUAUGCGUGUGCGCGUCCGACCGGAGACGCAGCUCGAGAUCAAGAACGCCGAUUAUCAACGACUCCACCACCGCAACAACACCUGGUACAGCGGUCUCAUCGACGAUUUGCGCUUAAUUAUGCUCGAUGCGGCAACGGGAGACGAGGAAGCAGAUGCUUUGGUCAAUUCGCACAUCACAGCACUUGUCAGCAAGGCCGAAUGGGAGCGUGAAGACGUCGCGAAGCUCAUCGAUCAGGUCUACCGGGAUUCCCCUCCAACCGACACCCUAGCUCUCAAUCAAGUCCGUGCGUACCGGCAGGAUCGUAUUGUUGCGUGGCAGCAGGAUUUCGAUCGUCUUCCGAAGGUCCGCCUGUCUCAGUCAAACGAGAAGAUAGGAAGUCGGCGCAGUAUGGCCUUCAACUCGGUCCGUAUGAUGCUUCCUCGACGCGGCGACUUCAACCAUAUGCUCGACUUCGGCGCUCCUGCCAGCGUCUCGGAGGCUGAGGAGUACGCUCCGAUGAUCCCUUCUAUGCGUCGCGUCACGGGAGAUUCGUUCGCGUCGGUAUCAUCUGCGUCAGAAGCCUCUGAGUCCGAGUCCAUGACAGGUCCCUCGGAGGAGACAUUCAAGGACACGGACUCCAUCAUGCCUCCAAUCGAGGAGAAGUCGGUUUCCGCUGAGGACACCGUUCAGCCCUCACCAGCCACCGAUUCCUGGGCGCUUCCCCCAAUAGAUGCCUCAGAAGAAAUCUUAGGGACAACGAAGUCAGAUGCUGAGAGCGACUCAACAAUCGGUGCUGGAAAACCCGAGGGUGUACUUUCUGACGAGGCAUUCUCGCCUCCACUUACCGGUCUCCCGCCCGUGGGGGAAAGCUCACAGCCCCCUUUAGGUCCCGCGUCUCGUCUUCCGAGGAGGGUUCACGCCUACCCAAGUGUCGCAGAACUUGUGAAGAAGUAUCAGGAUUACCUUCCCCCCUCUGGAGUGGCAGAACUGGCGAAGGACGCGUUCAAUCCUGCUGUCCCUGUCUCCGAGAGCGAGCAAGAAUCGGCUGCCCCCCAACAACAGUUUUUGACCAAGCGAUCAUCCGUGUCGGACUUUGAGUCAAGCUUUCCUGGUAGCAGCCGCGUUCCCGUUGGCAAUGCCCCAGACUCACGCGACGUGUCGCGGCGAACGUCACCGGACAAACGGCCGUCGUUCUCUCGCGCGAACGCAGAUGCCACCGUCAAGGCGCAAAGGUCCACGUCUCCACCACCCAAGUCCGCAGGCCCUGCAUCAGGUUCGAAGGUUCGGAUGAAGCCCAACCUGCGUCUAGGUCCCAAGGAGAAAGCCCCUGCUCGCCCCUCCAGCGUCAUCGGCACCAAGUCGGCAUUCAGACGACCGUCGAAUGCCAACGGCGCAAAGGUGGCUAACAUCGCAAAGCACUUUGAACGCAUGAGCAAGGAUAGUGAACGAGCCAAUCGUCGGUUUGCUGUUAUUCGUGGUAAGCGCGCACGUCCCGUCGCGACCGCUCGUGCGAAGGUGGAAGUCCUCGAGAGUAUCAAGGACGCCAUCAAGGACGAGUCGGAGAGCUCGGACUCGAGCGAAGCGGACGAUGAGGGUGGGCCUGAAGACGACGACAACCUCGAGCAACAGAGUCCAGAUAAGGCCCAGCAGAAAAUUCCCGAGAUACCUCCCCCGCCGGACGUGGUUCUACACCCCGCUGACGAAUCGACGGUCGAAGCAAACACCGAAGGGAAUAUUGUUUCCGAAUCGCCACCGAAUACGGAGAGGACAUCCGAGGGGCCUGCGUUCUCUGUCCCUCCGCAAGAGAUCGAGAGUCCUCCUUCUGUCACGAACUCCCCUCUGCUCUCGCCAAUGGCCUCUAGCACCAUCCCCAUGACUCCUCCUCCGACUGACAUGGACAUGGAAUCUUCCGGACGGCCUUCUAUCCUCAAGGCGCUCUCCGGACUUUGGCCACAGCAGGCUCCUCGGAACCGCGCUGAUGCCGACCUCGAUGAUCCCAUGGCCGACCCAGAGCACAUCUUCCGCGAUUCGUCCAUGGUCGUCCGUACCGACGAACCCACGUCUAUUAUCGCGCUCGCCCUCAAUUCACCACAGUACCGAGAUAUGCUCUCCAAGUCCCGAGCGGAAAAGCGUAUGGCGCGUGAAUUGGGCGGGGAAGCCUUCAUGCCAGACGACUGGUCUGUUGCGGAGUCAACUUCGACGUGGGGUGUAGUCAAUGUGGACAGCACCGAAUCAGCCGAUCCUACAGAAGAGCUGCGUGUCCCGUCGUCGAAGCUUCCGUGGGCGAUAUCAUUUGAGAGCGGAGGAUUGACGAUCAGUUGCACCGUGCUGUAUCCAGAGCAGUUCGACGCUCUGAGAAGGACGUACGAUUGCGAACGCAGCUUGGUGGAAUCCCUGGCGCGAUGCGUCAAAUUCGAUGCCAAUGGUGGCAAGUCUGGGUCCGCUUUCCUGAAGACCCUCGACGAUCGGUUCAUUGCCAAGGAGCUCUCUAGGGCCGAGCUUCAGGCAAUGGAAACCUUUGCACCGGCGUACUUCGACUAUAUGUCAUCUGCCGUGGUAGCCAAUCGCCCCACGUUGCUCGCCAAGAUCUUUGGGUGUUUCAAGAUUACCUUCCGAAAGUCUCAGAAGCACCAGAACGGCGCCAAGUCGAAAGUAACACAGAUGAACUUGCUUGUCAUGGAGAAUCUCUUCUACGAUCGUCGCUUCUCCAAGAUCUACGACUUGAAAGGUUCCACUCGCAACCGACAUGUGCAAUCUACCGGACGGGAGAAUGAAGUUCUCCUGGAUGAGAACUUGGUGCAGACUGCACAUCUUACGCCCUUCUAUCUCAGGGAGCAUUCUAAACGAAUUCUUCGUGGGGCUCUGUACAACGACAGCAAGUUCUUGGCCGAUAUCAACGUCAUGGACUACUCCAUGGUUGUUGGCGUGGAUGGCGUCAAGAAUGAGCUUGUUGUUGGCAUCGUGGACUACAUCCGUACUUAUACAUGGGACAAGAAGCUGGAGAGUUGGGUCAAGGACUCGACCUUCCUCGGUGGUGCUAACAGAGGUGAACCAACCAUCAUCGGUCCCAAGCAGUACAGGCAACGCUUCUUGAGUGCGAUGGAGCGCUACUUCCCGUUGGUUCCGGAUCGUUGGAUGAAGCAGCAUGACACCCCUGAGGAUGAGGGCAACAGCCUGCUAGAGUUAUGGCCGGAUUGGUAA